AUGGCAAAGAAGAGAUGCUGGUUUGGUUGGUUGAGGAGGCUUUUCACUUUUUCUGAGGCAAAGACAAGAGGAGAAAAGAAAUCAAAGAGAUGGAGAAUAUGCAUAUUUGGGAGGGUCAAGUUCAGGCAACACCCUGCACUCAAAGCACCAGCUCUAACACUGAGUGAAGCAACAGAAGAGCAGAGAAAGCAUGCCUUGAAUGUAGCCAUUGCAACAGCAGCUGCAGCUGAGGCUGCAGUUGCCGCUGCCCAGGCUGCAGCCAAGGUGGUUCGGCUUGCAACUGCCUCCAAGUCCAACAACCAGUUUAAGAAGCACGAUCGAGACUUGGCUGCCAUCAAGAUCCAAAGUGCUUUCCGGGCACAUCUGGCAAGAAAAGCACUACGAGCAUUGAAGGGAUUGGUGAGGAUUCAAGCCAUUGUCCGUGGCCGAGCUGUGAGACGCCAAGUGAUGACCACAUUGAAUAUUUCACCAUCCUACGCAAAAAUUCAGUCAGAGGUCCACGAAAGUUGUAGUCCUACUGCUGACACAAUUCAUAAGGACAGCGAAAGAAGAUACCGUCUCAAGCCAAAAGAAGAGUUGAAAAACAAAGAAAUAAAGGUUGACCAAAGGAGGAAUCCCAACCGUGAAGGAGACCCGGCGGAGUCGUCGCACCCGGAAACCCCACCAUCGGAAAAUUCAAAAAAUCUGAGGACUGCCAGGAAGUGCAGUAGAAAGUAUGGUGUUUCGGAUAUUGAUUCCGGUUACUAUGUAGCUGGAACUGGUUAG